AUGCUCGACGACUCCAGCCUGCCGUGGCCCGACCCAAGCCACGCCUUUGUGGCAGUCGCCACCCUCGCCGUGUUCCUGAGCCUGCGGCGCUACCUCUACCCCCGGCACCCCAGCGUCAUCCCCGGCCCGCUUAAGACGGCGCUGCCCGGCCUCGCCAAGGACGAGGUCGAGAGGCUGGACUACCGGCCCGACGCCUUCCCCGGUGCGAGGGACGUCGUCACUCCUCACCUCACUAACACGGCCUCAAAGUGGGGACCCGAGCAAGGCCGCAAGGUGCUCUUCAUCCACGGCAUCUCGACGUCGUGCCAGACGCUGACCAAGCUCGCCCACGGCUUGGUCGCCCGCGGCUGCCGCGUGCUGCUCUUCGACCUCUGGGGCCGUGGCUUCAGCGACGGCGUCGGCGACCUGCCCCACGACGCCCGCCUCUACGUCUCCCAGGCCCUCUGCGCCCUCGCCUCGUCGCCCCUGGCCUGGACGGGCGACGACGGCUUCGACCUGGCCGGAUACAGCCUCGGCGGCGGCAUCGCCGUUCACUUCGCCGCCGCCUUCCCCCGCCCCGUUCGGUCCCUGACCCUGCUGGCCCCCGCCGGCAUGAUCCGCCCCGAGUCGUUUGGCGCCGUCACCCGCUGGGUCUUUACCGCUGGUCUCGUCCCUGAGCGCCUGCUCGCCGCCCUCACGAGGCGGAAGCUACAACAGCCCAUUGCAAACUCUGCCGUCCGUGGACAAAAGGCAGCUCAACAGCAGCAGCAGCAGCAACAAAAUGGCCGCCAUCCUACAAUUGGGGACACCAAAGAGUCCAAACACGUGACCAACCCAGUCGAGCUCGCCACGUCCGAGAUGCAGCACCCCGGAGCAGCCGACGAGCCGGCGGAGCGCCUCGAGCGGCGGGUGAUGAGGUACGUGCGGUGGAUGCUGGAGCACCACGGCGGCUUCGUGCCGGCCUUCAUGAGCACGAUCCGCGCCGCGCCCCUGAUGGGCCAGGACGAGGCCUACGGCCGGCUGGGAGGGGGAGGAGGUGCGGGGGGCCGCCGGGCCGGCACGACGCUCGUGGUGCUGGGCGGCGAGGACGAGAUCAUCGACCCGGACCUGUACGAGCACGACGCGCUGCCGCUGCUGGGCGGGCACGAGCGCGUGCGCUGGCGCGUUCUGCCCGGGGCCAGCCACGACUUCCCCAUGACGCACGCGCCCGAGACGCUCAAGGAGAUGGACGACUUUUGGGCCGCGUACCCGGCCGCGGAGGAGGCGAUUGCUUGA